UUCAAAAAUAUCCCGCCUUUCUAUUUAUUCUUUCACCUCUCCAACCCCCCCAAAAAAAAAACCUCUGACAACUGUCUUUCCCCUGUUCUUCCAUAUAUUCUCUACUCCAUUACCAUCUGUCCAUUACAUUUCUCAUCCUCAUUUCCAUUCCCAAAAUCCCAAUCAAAAUCCAAUCAAAAUGAGGGAAAUCUUGCAUAUUCAAGGUGGGCAAUGUGGUAAUCAAAUCGGGUCUAAAUUCUGGGAAGUUAUUUGUGAUGAACACGGUGUUGAUAAAACGGGUAGAUUCAAUAAUUCUGAUGGUGCUGGAUCACCUGAUAUUCAAUUGGAACGUAUUAAUGUUUACUUCAAUGAAGCUGCUGCUGGUCGUUAUGUUCCUCGGGCUGUUCUUAUGGAUCUUGAACCUGGUACCAUGGAUAGUAUCAGAUCCGGACCUUUAGGUCAAAUAUUUCGCCCGGAUAAUUUUGUUUUUGGACAAUCUGGUGCUGGGAAUAAUUGGGCUAAAGGGCAUUAUACUGAAGGUGCUGAACUUAUUGACUCUGUUCUUGAUGUUGUUCGUAAAGAAGCAGAGAAUUGUGACGCCCUUCAAGGUUUCCAGGUAUGUCACUCACUUGGAGGAGGUACAGGUUCUGGUAUGGGAACUCUCUUAAUAUCAAAGAUUAGAGAGGAGUACCCCGACAGAAUGAUGCUUACCUUUUCGGUUUUCCCUUCUCCGAAAGUUUCUGACACCGUCGUUGAACCCUACAAUGCUACUCUUUCUGUUCAUCAAUUGGUUGAAAAUGCUGAUGAAUGCAUGGUUUUGGACAAUGAGGCUCUCUAUGAUAUUUGCUUCAGGACCUUGAAGCUCAGCAACCCCAGCUUUGGUGAUCUCAACCACUUGAUCUCGGCCACAAUGAGUGGGGUGACAUGCUGUCUCCGAUUCCCUGGUCAACUCAACUCCGACUUGAGGAAGCUAGCGGUCAACCUCAUUCCAUUCCCUCGGCUCCAUUUCUUCAUGGUGGGUUUCGCCCCACUGACUUCUCGUGGGUCUCAGCAGUACGUCUCCCUCACAGUCCCUGAGCUGACGCAACAAAUGUGGGAUGCGAAGAACAUGAUGUGUGCUGCUGACCCGCGUCAUGGUAGGUACCUUACAGCUUCUGCCAUGUUUCGUGGUAAGAUGAGCACCAAAGAAGUAGACGAGCAGAUGAUCAACGUCCAAAACAAGAACUCGUCUUACUUUGUAGAAUGGAUCCCUAACAAUGUGAAGUCGAGUGUGUGUGACAUCCCACCGACUGGUUUAAAGAUGGCUUCCACAUUCGUAGGGAACUCCACUUCCAUCCAAGAGAUGUUUAGGAGAGUGAGUGAGCAAUUCACAGCUAUGUUUAGGCGCAAGGCUUUCUUGCAUUGGUACACCGGAGAAGGAAUGGAUGAGAUGGAGUUCACAGAGGCAGAGAGUAACAUGAAUGAUCUUGUGGCUGAAUAUCAACAAUACCAAGAUGCAACUGCGGAAUACGAGGAAGAUUACGAAAACGAGGAAGAUGGUUACGAGAACUAGACAUACACUCUUGUCAUUCAUAUGCUUAUCUUUUUCAGUUUUUACCUGCAUUAUAUUGUAUCAAUUUGUUCUUUGUCUGUCAUUGUUUUAAAAGCUUGGAUUUGAGUAUGUAUCUCUUGUAUUGACUGAAAUGGUAUUGAAUUUUGCAUCA